AUGGUGCCGCUGUUGGCCCAGCGGGGCAGAAUUCGCAGCCAGGCGCCGCGUACAUGGCACCCGGACCCACAGCCGCUGCAUGCAGAGCGAUCACGGCAAUGUCCAGGCAGGGGAGUGCGGGCGGCGGCCAAGCGUGGCGGCGGCAGCGGCGGCGCCACACACAAGAGCAAGAAGUCAAAGGAGCUGGACGAGGUGGCGGCGUUUGAGCAGCUGAUGUGCGACUGGGACGACGCCUUUGCGGCAGACUGCUAUGACAACGAGAGGGCGGCACGCAUGGCGCGGCUGGCAGAGGAGGGGUACCAGCACCAUGGCAGAGGUUUUGUGUUUGUGCGCAGCCGGCUGGACAAGCGGUCGCGCAAAGCAAGGAACGACAGCGGCGCCUCCAAGGGCUUUGGCGCAGCGGCAAAAGCACUAUCGGUAGAGCAGGGCACACCGCUGGAGAACAAUCCACAGCUGCACCUCCUGUCCUGGACAGCCUGCUACAUCGCCAGCAGCCAGCUGGACAGCCUGGGCGGCCUGUUUAGCACACAGGAGGGGGUGCUGCUGCCUGACAGCGGCAGCCUGCUGACGGAUGGGGGCAGCGGUGCCAGCGGUAGCAACGCGGCUGAUGCCGUGGGGGAGCUGCAGCGCGUGCUUCGUGGCCAGGAUCUGUCGCAACUACGAGGAUAUGUGGGAGCGCCGCCUCAGGCCCGCCCUGCCAGCGGUAGCGACGACGAUGGCAGCAGCACUACGGGCAGCAACAAUGGAGCAGCAGGCGAGGGAUCCGAGGUGGAGGAGGGUACUGCUAUGGGCGGCAUACGGCGCUAUGAGCCAGAGAGCGGCGAGUUGGUGGUGCUGCUGUCGUGCAAGAUUGGCGGCAAGCCUGCUGUGGGCGCGGAGCUGUUGGCGGUGGCCCAGGCAGAGGAUGGCAAGCACGCACCGGGCGCGUCCCCCGACACACGCCUGUGCAAAGAGCCCUCCCAAAGCGCCUUUGACCUGUGGUCCUUCGGAUGGAUGAACAAGAUCGUCCCCGCUGCCCGCCGCGGCGAGGUUGAGGUGGCCGACCUGCCGCUGCCCGAGGCUCAGCAGGCUGAGCCCUGCUACGAGGAGCUCAACACCAACUGGGAGGCGGCUGUGCAGGAGGCCAAGAAGGCUGGCAAGGAGCCCAAGCUGAUGAAGGUGCUGUGGAAGACCUAUGGCAAGGACAUUGUGCUGGCUGGCAUCUUCAAGCUGAUGUGGUCCGUGUUUGUGAUCCUUGGAGCCUACUACUUCACCCGCUCCAUCCUGAUGUGCAUCCGCACCCUGGAGGGCAAGGACGACUCCAUCUACGACACCGAGUGGAAGGGCUGGGUGCUGACCGGCUUCUUCUUCCUGGACGCUUGGCUGCUGGGCAUGAUGCUGCAGCGCAUGGCCUUCAACUGCCUCAAGGUCGGCAUCAAGGCGCGUGCCGCCCUGACCACCAUGAUCGCCCGCAAGUGCUACAACAUGGCCCACCUGACCAAGGACACAGCCGCCGAGGCUGUGGGCUUUGUUGCCAGCGACAUCAACAAGGUUUUUGAGGGCAUCCAGGAAGUGCACUACCUCUGGGGCGCCCCCGUGGAGGCGGGUGCCAUCCUGGCUCUGCUGGGCACCCUGGUGGGCGUGUACUGCAUCGGCGGCGUCAUCAUCGUGUGCAUGGUGGUGCCGCUCCAGUACUACUUUGGCUACAAGAUCAUCAAGAACAAGAUCAAGAACGCGCCCAACGUCACCGAGCGCUGGUCCAUCAUCCAGGAGAUCCUCCCGGCCAUGAAGCUGGUCAAGUACUACGCCUGGGAGCGCUUCUUCGAGAAGCAUGUGGCUGACAUGCGCACCCGCGAGCGCCACUACAUGUUCUGGAACGCUGUGGUGAAGACCGUCAACGUGACCAUGGUGUUUGGCGUGCCCCCCAUGGUCACCUUUGCCGUGCUGGUCCCCUACGAGCUGUGGCACGUCGACUCCUCCACCAGCGAGCCCUACAUCAAGCCCCAGACCGCCUUCACCAUGCUCUCCCUGUUCAACGUGCUGCGCUUCCCCCUGGUGGUGCUGCCCAAGGCCAUGCGCUGUGUGUCGGAGGCCCUGCGCUCUGUGGGCAACCUGGAGAAGUUCCUGGCUGAGCCGGUGGCACCGCGCCAGGACCUGGAGGGCAAGCCCGGCGCCCAGCUGAGCAAGGCUGUGCUGAGGCACGAGAUGGACACCAGCGGCUUCACCCUGCGUGUGCCCGAGUUCAGCGUCAAGGCCGGAGAGCUGGUGGCGGUGGUUGGCCGCGUCGGUGCCGGCAAGAGCUCCAUCCUGCAGGCCAUGCUCGGCAACAUGCAGACGGCGAGUGGUCUCGCCAAGUGCCAGCACAGCGCCUCAUCCUGUCUCCCUUUUCUGGUGGAGGGCACCGCCCACUCUGGCGGCAGGAUUGCCUACGUUCCCCAGACGGCCUGGUGCCAGAACCUGUCCCUGCGCGACAACAUCACGUUUGGCCAGCCCUGGGAUGAGGCCAAGUACAAGCAGGUCAUCCACGCCUGCGCCCUGGAGCUUGACCUGGCGAUCCUGGCUGCCGGCGACCAGAGCAAGGCGGGCCUGCGCGGCAUCAACCUGUCUGGCGGCCAGCGCCAGCGCCUCAACCUGGCCCGCUGCGCCUACUUUGACGGCGACCUGGUGCUGCUGGACAACGCCCUGUCUGCUGUGGACCACCACACCGCCCACCACAUCUUUGAGCACUGCGUGCGCGGCAUGUUCCGCGACAAGGCCACCGUGCUGGUGACGCACCAGGUUGAGUUCCUGCCCCAGUGCGACAAGGUUGCCAUCAUGGACGACGGCACCUGCGUCUACUUUGGCCCCUGGAACGCCGCCGCCCAGCAGCUGCUUUCCAAGUACCUCCCCGCCAGCCACCUUCUGGCUGCCGGCGGCAACGCCGAGCAGCCGCGCGACACCAAGAAGAAGGUUGUCAAGAAGGAGGAAACCAAGAAGACCGAGGACGCUGGCAAGGCCAAGAGGGUGCACAGCGCCAGCCUCACCCUCAAGUCUGCCCUGUGGGAGUACUGCUGGGACGCCCGCUGGAUCAUCUUCUGCCUCUCCCUCUUCUUCUUCCUCACCGCCCAGGCCUCGCGCCAGCUUGCAGACUACUUCAUCCGCUGGUGGACCCGCGACCACUACAACAAGUAUGGUGUGCUGUGCAUCGACGAGGGCGACAACCCGUGCGGCCCCCUGUUCUACGUCCAGUACUACGGCAUCCUGGGCCUCCUCUGCUUCAUCGUGCUCAUGGCCUUCCGCGGCGCCUUCCUCUACACCUGGUCUCUGGGCGCCAGCUACCGGCAGCACGAGAAGUCCAUCCACCGCGUCCUCUACGCACCGCUCGGCUUCUUCCUCACCACCCCCGUGGGCGACCUGCUGGUCAGCUUCACCAAGGACCAGGAUGUGAUGGAUGAUGCCCUGCCUGACGCCCUCUACUACGCCGGCAUCUACGGCCUCAUCCUACUGGCCACCGCCAUCACCGUCUCAGUCACCAUCCCCCUGUUCUCCGCGCUGGCAGGCGGCCUGUUUGUGGUGUCGGGCAUCAUGCUGGCGAUCUACCUCCCCGCUGCCACACACCUCAAGAAGCUGCGCAUGGGCACCUCAGGCGACGUGGUGACCCUGAUUGCUGAGGCUCUGGACGGUCUGGGCGUGAUCCAGGCCUACGGCAAGCAGGCCUACUUCACCACGAUCACCAGCCAGUAUGUGAACGACGCCCACCGCGCCCUGUUUGGCGCCGAGAGCCUCAACCUGUGGCUGGCCUUCAUCUGCGACUUCUUCGGCGCCUGCAUGGUGCUGUCGGUGGCCUGCUUCGGCAUCGGCCAGUGGUCCACCCUGGGCUCCUCCUCCGUUGGCCUCGCUUUCUCCCAGUCCAUCCAGAUGCUUGUGUUCUACACCUGGUCCAUCCGCCUGGUGGCCGAGUGCAUCGGCCUGUUUGGAUCCGCCGAGAAGAUUGCCUGGCUGGCCAACCACACACCCCAGGAGGCCGGCAGCCUGGAUCCACCCAGCCUGCCCGGCAGCGGCGAGACCAAGGCUGCCCCCAAGAAGCGGGGCACCGCUGGAAAGUUCCUGCCUCCUCUCAAGGACGAGGACCUUGCUAUUGUGCCCACCGGCGGCCCCAAGCUGCCCUCUGGCUGGCCCCGCACCGGCGUGCUUGAGUUCAACCAGGUUGUGAUGAAGUACGCCCCACACCUGCCCCCCGCCCUGCGCGGCGUCUCCUUCAAGGUCAAGAGCGGCGACAAGGUUGGCGUGGUGGGGCGCACCGGCUCCGGCAAGUCCACCCUGCUGCUGGCUCUCUACCGCAUGUUCAACCUGGAGAGCGGCGCCAUCACCCUGGACGGCAUCGACAUCUCCACCCUCACCCUGGAGCAGCUGCGCCGCGGCCUGUCGGUCAUCCCCCAGGAGCCCACCGUGUUCAGCGGCACCGUGCGCACCAACCUGGACCCCUUUGGAGAGUUCGGCGCAGACGCCAUCCUGUGGGAGGCGCUGCGCGACUGUGGCCUGGAGGAGCAGGUCAAGGCGUGCGGUGGCCUGGAUGCCAAGCUGGACGGUACCGGCGGCAACGCCUGGUCCAUUGGCCAGCAGCAGCUGAUGUGCCUGGCUCGCGCCGCGCUGAAGAAGGUGCCGGUGCUGUGCCUGGAUGAGGCCACCGCCGCCAUGGACCCCCACACCGAGGCGCAUGUGCUGGAGAUCAUUGAGCGCAUCUUCUCAGACCGCACCAUGCUCACCAUCGCGCACAGGCUGGACAACGUGAUCCGCUCCGACCUGGUGGUUGUGAUGGAUGCGGGCCAGGUGUGCGAGAUGGGCACCCCCGACGAGCUGCUGGCCAACCCUCAGUCCGCCUUCAGCCAGCUGGUGGACAAGACGGGGGCUGCCAGCGCCGCCGCGCUGCGCAAGAUGGCUGCCGACUUCCUGGAUGAGCGGGCGCGUGGCCAGAAGCUUGGCUUCAAGCCGCGCCCCUCGCUGGAGGAGUCCCACAUCUGUGUGGCCCCCAGUCCUUCCCUAAUUUUGUCUACACUACUGUUUCCUCCAGCUUUCAUGGCAAACGUCACUGCGCUCCUGUUGCCAAAGCCAGUGCUUUCCCAUGCUCCUGUUUCCUCGCAAACCGUCAAUACGUACAUUCGUCUUAAUAUCAUCCAACUCCAGUGUAAUGUACUACACCCAGCCACCAAGGAAGCAACCUGGUCAUCGCGAAGGAUCACGUUUACCGCACAUCUGUCCUCCAGUGGCAGCAAGCCACCCCCGCCGUUGCCGCCGCUGACGGAGCUGCCAGAGGGUCGGGGCCUCGACUGGAGCAGCGCCGGAUACCGAGACGGGAGGGAGGCCAUCCCGUCGCCCUCGGCCAAGUACAGCGCCGCCGACUACGGGGCCGCGGGGGAUGGCGUGACGGACGACACGCAGGCCUUGCAGGUUGCUGUGGCAGCCGCCCACGAGGACGAUGAGGGAGGGGUGGUGUACUUGGGCGCCGGAACCUUUGUGCUGACCCAGCCUCUGAGCAUCGCUGGGUCCAAUGUCGUGAUCCGAGGCGCAGGGGAAGACGCCACCACAAUCUUUGUGCCGCUGCCUCUGAGUGACGUCUUCCCGGGGACCUGGAGCAUGGAUGCAAGCGGCAAGGUCACAUCGCCCUGGAUCACGCGGGGCGGCUUCCUCGCCUUCAGCGGCAGGCGGACCAAGAGCUCAGACUCGUCCACGCUGCUGGCCACCGUCGCUGGCAGUGUGGAGCAGGGGGCAUCUGUGAUCCCGGUUGACUCCACCGCGGAGUUUAGGCUGGGCCAGUGGGUCCGCAUAAUCAUCAAUGAUGCGUCUACGGACGCAUCUGCUGGCGGUGGGACCCUCGAGCGGGGCAGCUCUGAAGUGCAGGAGAGCGAAACUAUGAUUGCUGAGGGUGCCACGGGCGGCGGGGCAGGAGUGCGGGCGCAGUGGACGGGUGUACUGCACGCGUUUGAACCCACAGUACAGUGCUCUGGUGUGGAGCAACUGACCAUCCGGUUCAACCACAGCAUGAUGGCCGCACACCUGGCUGAGCGUGGAUACAAUGCGAUAGAGCUUGAAGAUGUCGUCGACUGCUGGAUACGCCAGGUGACCAUUCUCAAUGCCGACAAUGCCAUCCGGCUGCGAGGCACCGACCACUCCACCUUGUCAGGUCAGGCUUGCAGCGGCGGCGGGGUGGUGGCGGUAGUGCCGGUGUGGUGUCGUCGUGGCCUUCCUAGUCCUGCUGACGUGACGGUGGGAGUCACUGAGCUGCGCUGGGAGCCUGACACCAGGGAGGUGAAUGGGCACCAUGCCAUCACCGUGAGCAAAGGCCACGCCAACCUGGUCACCAGGUUCCGCAUCACUGCUCCCUUCUAUCACGACAUAUCGCUGGAGGGCGGCGCGCUGCUCAACGUGAUCAGCUCAGGCGGCGGUGCCAACCUCAACCUCGACCUGCACCGCUCCGGGCCUUGGGGCAACCUGUUUUCGCAGCUGGGCAUGGGCCUGGCGGCUCGCCCGUUUGACGCGGGGGGCCGGGAUGGCCGCGGGGCGCAUGCAGGCCGGCAGAACACGUUUUGGAACCUGCAGCCGGGAGAUGUGGCAGCGGCGGCGCCUGCCUUGCAGCCCUCUGCUGCUGCCGGUGAUGCCAGGCGGCUGCUGGUCGACGGCGAUAGCUUGCUGCAUGCCGGCACAGGCCAGGCGCGGUUGCUUCGCCAACUGGAAGCAGAUGACUCAGCUGAGCCCCUGCUGCUCCCAAGCUGCGAGUUCGGGCCGUUGCUGAACUUUGUGGGUGGCUUCGCCGGAGAGCUGUGCAAGUCGUCGGGCUGGUUGGUGGCGGGGCUCCCCGAUGACCGGCCAGACCUGCACGCCAGCCAGGUCACAGCACGAUUACAGCAUGGUGCUGCCGACAACAAGACGCAUGCAUAGCUGCCCGCAACCAACGCAUGAACCCGUCUUGACAACGCAUCCCGCAUACCUUACUCUAACACCUGAUCUGUUCCCCCAAUUUGUUUCGAUCAUUUUGAGAAUAAAGCAUAUCGAAUGUAUUACAAAUGCAUUGCC